GAGUACUGUCCAUUUGGUGGAGUAUAAAAUAGCUAGGCUGACUCGAAAGAUCCGUUUGCAAAACCUUUGCUGCUCUUCAACGACUCGUUCCCCUACUGGCCUGCUGGAUUGUUUAUACGUCAUCGGGACACGGGCACAUGCACGUGAUGCACAGGCGUUCUUAAUCCGGGUCGAGGCAUCGAGAGCAAGCACGUACUACCUGCGAGUGGCGACGACGCACGCGCGCGAUGCCGGAGCAGAGCAAGAGGCGGCGAGGCCGCAAGCGCACGGCGGCGGCGACGCUGCUCCUCGCGUACGCGGCGCUCGCCAUGGAGCGCGCCGACGCGGCGCUGCUCCCGGCCGUGUACAGGGAGAUCGGCGCCGCGCUGCAGGCCUCGCCCACCGCGCUCGGCUCCAUCGUGCUCUCCCGCUCCGUCGUGCAGGCCGCGUGCUACCCCCUCGCCGCAUACCUGGCCGCCCGGCACGACCGCCUCACCGUCAUCGCCCUCGGCGCAUUCCUCUGGGCCGCUGCCACCUUGCUCAUAGGCCUCUCAACCACCUUUGCGCAGGCUGGUGACCCUUGCCCUUGCACGUUUCAUUCAUGCUCACUCGCGGCCGUGCGCCCGUGCCCUGGUCCAGAGCUCUGGUCGCUUAGAAAAUCGAAUGAUGCGAUAUUGCAGAUGGCCGUGACAGCGGCGUUGAACGGCGUCGGGCUGGCGCUGCAGAUCCCGGCGAUCUUCGCCUUCGUCGCGGACUCCGUCGACGGCACGAACAGGGGCAUGGCCUUCGGGUGGCUCAUGGUGGCGAGCAAGGCCGGCACCGUGGGCGGCACCACCCUUGGCCUACUCAUGGCGCCCACCUCGUUCUUUGGCGUUCCGGGUUGGCGGCUCGCCUUCCUCCUGCUCGCCGCCGUGGGGGCGGUGGUCGGCUUGUCCAUCCGCGCGUUCGCGGCCGCCAGCAAGGCCCCUGUCCGGGCCCCCAAGCCGGUGCGGCAGGAGCUGCAGGACUUCGCGAGGGAGGCGAAGGCCGUGCUACGGAUCCCGUCGUUUCAGGUCAUCGUCGCGCAGGGACUCACGGGUUCGUUCCCCUGGUCCGCGCUGUCCUUCACGGCUAUGUGGCUCGAGCUAGUCGGCUUCUCCCACGGCGAGACGGCGGCGCUGAUGACUCUGUUCAAGGUCGCCACGUCGCUGGGCGGCCUCUUCGGCGGCAAGAUGGGGGACGUCCUCGCCGGGAGGCUCAAGAACUCGGGCCGCAUCAUCCUCGCGCAGAUCAGCGCCGGCUCGGCGAUCCCUCUCGCCGGCGUCCUGCUGCUCGCGCUCCCGAGCGAGCCGGCGACUUUCGCCCACCACGGCGCCGCGCUGUUCGUCAUGGGGUUCAUGGCCUCCUGGAACACCUCGGCCACCAACAGCCCGAUACUGGCCGAGAUCGUGCCGCCGCGGUCGAGGACGAGCGUGUACGCGCUGGACCGGACGUUCGAGGCCGUGCUCGCCUCGUUCGCUCCCCCGGUGGUCGGCAUGCUCGCCGAGCACCUCUACGGCUACAAGCUGGUGCGCUCUGCUGCCGGCGGCGCAGGGCACGCGGCCUCCGUCGAGACGGACCGGCACAACGCGACGUCCCUCGCCAGGGCCCUGUACACCGCGAUCGCCAUCCCCAUGGCGCUGUGCUGUCUCGUCUACUCGUUUCUGUACUGCACCUAUCCCAGAGACAGAGACCUGGCGCGGGCUGAGACGGCGCGAGAUGGAGGUGGAGCCCGUCCCAGUGGCGAGGGGUCCGACACCGACGAUGAAGGGGAGGAGGAGAGGGAGCUGCUGCCACUGUGAUCGUCGUUUGACUUACCAGUAGUGUUUUACUGCCUCCGUUUAUUGAUUCCCUUAGUAUUUUAUGUCAAAUCUUUUAACUACUAGCAGAAUGCCCAUGCGUUGCUACGGGCUAUGAUAUAUAUAAAUGAAUUGAACAAAUGAUUAGGGUCGUC